GAGUGCAGGGCGGGCCGCAGCUGGAAGGAAAACUUGAGCUGGGAGAGGAGGCUGAGCUGGAGGGCGGCUGCCCCCGGCCCUGUGAGGGGGGAGUCGCCGCGGAGGCGAAGGAACCCGGGACAGCGGGGCCGCCGGGGCGCUGCGCGCAUGCUGGGCGGGGGGCGCCGCCGGGGCUCGCGCCCUGGGCUACCCGGCCGCCGCUGCCCAGGGCGCCCGGCAUGUCGGUGCAUUACACGCUCAAUCCGCGCGUCUUCUGGCCUCUGGUGACCGGCCUGUGCACUGCCCUCGUGUGCCUCUACCAUGUCCUGCGAGGAAGCGGGGGAGCCCGGGCCGAGACCCCCGACGGUGCGGACGGAGGCUUCCCGCUGCUCAAGGUGGCUGUCCUGCUUCUCCUCGGCUACAUCCUUCUGCGCUGUCGCCACGCUGCCCGGCAGCAUUUCCUGCCCGCGUCUCCGCGUCUGGGGAGGCACUCUAGACACUUCCGGGAGCCGAGCCUUGGCAUCUUGCUGGAGAGUUACUACGAGCACGAGGUGCGUCUAUCACCACACGUGCUAGGCCACAGCAAGGCACACGUGAGCCGUAUAGUGGGCGAGCUGGUGCGGGCUGGCCGCGUCCGGAUGUCCCCAGGCCCCAUCCCCGGUGGAGCGCUGGCCUUGGCUUUCCGAGGAGACUUCAUCCAGGUGGGCAGCGCCUACGAGCAACAUAAAAUCCGCCGACCAGACGGCUUCGACGUACUGGUGCCGUUGCGCCUCCCACCGCUGGUGGCGCUGGAGCCGCGGAGCCUGGGUGCCGAGCCCGCGCUGGCCCCCGCCUUCCAUGGCUGCUUCGUGUGCGCACUCAAGGUGCCUCCCGGAGCCUCCGGGGGGCCCUGGCUCCGGGACUGCAAACCCUUCACCGACGGCUUCUGCGUGGACGUGCGCGGGCGGCGCCACCUCUCUGCCACACUGGUGCUGCGCUGGUUUCAGUCGCACUUGCAGCGCUCCCUGGCCACUGUGCGCUACAGCCUGGAGGGGCACUGUCGAGUCAGCCUGACCCCCGGGGGCCUGGAGCAGCCGCCCACCCUGCACAUCCUGCCCUGCCGCACCGAUUACGGCUGCUGCCGCCUUUCCAUGGCCGUGCGUCUCAUCCCUGCGGUCCAUGUGGGCGACGGCGUCUUUCUUGUGGCGCCACCACCGUCACCCUUGCCAGUCGGGCCCCUGUCGGAGCUCCCCGGAGGCCUCCGGGCGGACGCACUGUGGGGCGUGAACACAGCACGCCAGGAGCAGAAACUGCUGGGCUGCCUGCAGGAACGGGCUCCCCCUGGUGCCUGCUACCUCAAGUGCCUGCAGCUGCUGAAAGCUCUGCGAGAUCUCGGUGCCCGCGGGCUGAAUCCAACGGCAGCCACGCAGUGGGGGCGAAUCCUGUCCUCAUACACGCUCAAGAGCGUGGUGCUGGCAGGGCUGCAGCGCGAGGGGCCUCCUGCACAAGGCUGGACUGAGGCGCACCUGGGCGAUCGCUUGGAAGAGUUAGUGCAGUUCCUUAGGGACUGCCUGCUGCGACGCCAGACCCUCUUCCACUGCGUGCUGGGCCCUGGUGGGGCUGCCGCUGAGGUGGGUCCACUGCCCAAGGUACUGCGUGAAGCUGCCCCAGUUGACCUCCUGGCUGCUUUCGAUCGGCAGGCGCGGGAACUCGCUGCCGCGCGAUUGCUGUCCACGUGGAGAAGGCUGCCCCAGCUUCUCCGAGCCUAUGGGGGUCCCCGCUACCUGGCCAGGUGCCCCCAACCCCGGGGUCCGCGCGUCCAGGGCUUCCCUGCAGAUGAACCGUAAACCUUGACAGCGCCGCUUACUAGCCUUAAAGCUCCCAAAGCCUUUCCUACCGGAUUGGGGUGGGGAUGGCAAUGAAGCCAGUUUAACGCAAGGAGCAUGAGCUUUCAGGUGUUGGAAAUUCGGAGGACGACAUUUAAUGGCUCCACAAUCCAGUAUAGUAAUGCCACCUUCUUCACGCCCACCAGAGUCUCCUGGGCAAACAAUGGAAAGACAUGCAAGGGCUGCAGCUACUGGUUGGUCCAAAUGAUUUGUGUGGAAUGAUUCUGUAGAAGGAUCAGACUUUUAAGGAAGUCCAGUAAAGGAAGCAAGAACCAACUGUAGGAAAAAGUUCCCUAUGGUUUUUGAGACAUCUCUUCUGGUGUCCAAAUUUAAAGAAGUUAAUGUUUUUUUGAUGUAACUGCUUGCUAGGUCCUGGGUUCCUGAUUGUCUUUUUUUUUUUAAUUAGAAUCUUUAAUUACGAUUGGAAUUGAAGUCCUAAUCUACAAGCUACCGUUGUGAGGAGCAUAGUUUCAACUAUUCAAAUUAAUCUUAGUGUAUUUUUUCAAAUGGUGGAAUCAUAGUGUUUGACAGGAUUGUGAAGCAUUAAGUCACACGUGUUGAGAAGCAGUCAAGAGUUAGAGGAACUUCCAGAGCAAAUAGCACUUUAUUUUGAUAAAUUCUUUCAUUUUGUGGUAAUUGCUAGUGCCAAGUAUUGCUUCUGAAAGGGAGGCCAAUUGCAUUUAUCAUUAAGAAAUGUGCCAUCUUGAAAAGCAGGCUUGUUUAACAUUCCUCCAGGCACAAGCUGCGAAGUGUACCAGCCAACACCCAUUCACUGAGUGCCUACUGUGAGCCAGGCCCAGUGCAAAAUAACAGAGGAAAAAAAGAAAAAUAUUGUUUAAGACAACACAUAAAGGCAUAAAACACAUUGGGUCUCGAGGAAGAUGUCUGUGUCUUUGCCUAUCAAGGUGUCUCGCCGGGGCUUGCUGCUGACUGGAGACAGAAACCUUUUUGUUCUAAGGCUUUUUGGUAAACUCCUUUGCUUGAUUUCUUCCUGAGUUUAAUGGGAAAAUGAAGAGGAAAUGCCAGCAGCAAUGUCUAGCAUGUAGUUAACUGUCUCAGUCAAUGGUCAGUGAUCGUUAGUGGUUAUAAAGUUUUUCUCCCAUUGCCCAAGCAGCCUUUAUGUGGUCCUGAGGCCAACUUUGAGGAGUGAUUGAUUCAGCACAGGUCCUACAAGGCAUUUCACUUAGGUAAGUUCAGUGUCUUGGGCUCUGUGCUAAAAGAUCAGUUACUCCCGGAACAAGUCAGUAGGAGGUUAAGGGAGACAGCCCUUGUCAUCAGCCUGCUAUUUUUUCUAUUUGGACAUAAAUAUCACCAGGUUGAAUGUAUGUUGCAGCCAAGAGGAACCGAUUCUAAAAUCUUUCCUUGUUCUCCCAAAUUUCUAACAACUUUCAAUUGUAUCAGUCGAUAUAAAACUCAGUGUUAGAAUUGUCCAUCAUCUGCUUGCAUAAUAGAAAACGCAGCCAGUCCUGUGUUAUACUUUGGAACUUUUUUUUUCUAAACAAAGACAUGUUACUUCCUUAGAUUCUUAAAGGUAAAAUUUAGAAGACAGAAACAGCCAGCUGAAUAGGGCCAUUGUUUAAUUUCUGAGUUAUUUUGAGGGAACUUGAAGCUUUCUUCAGGAGACCUACUUGACUUCUGCAGAAAAUUAUUGUUAAUAAUUUACAGGGAAUCCUCAUCAGAGCUGUAGAGAACUCUUAUAUCCUUUGCCUCCUUGGACUGUCAGACAAACAGUUCCAAAUGGUGCGCCUUCCUUUUGAGGUUGUUUGGAGGACAGUUCCCCUUGAUACCACAAAGAUUGUUGCUAGCCUUUGAGGUCAGUAUUAAGUCAUAAGGUACUACAUUUAGCAAAGGCAUCAGUCUCCAAACUUCCUGCAAAGAUAUAAACUGCACAGUGUUCUGUAAAAUUACUUUUAAAAAUAAAUGCCAAGAGUAAGUAGAUAUAUAUGUGUACAUAUAUAUAUUUAUAAUGUUUUCAUACUCAGCCACAAUUUCCCCUGUAGUCAUUAAGUAGACUAAAGUGGGGAAUAGCAAGGCUUAUUAGAGGGAUUAUAAAGCUUUAAAAGCUGAAUUUUCCAAAUAUUUCUAGCUGAAUUAAUAGGUUCCUUUUUUUUAUCUUAUUAACAUUUUGAAGUUUAAAUCUGGUAACAUACUCUUCCUGUAGUGUUGUUGUUACUGUUCUGGUUAAUUACCCACAGCCUCAUCCAUCCUCAAGAUUUUAAAAUUUAACUAUUUUUUUAAAUUAAUGGGGUGGGCAUUGUGUUUGUGAAUUUUAAAGAUAUUAAUAUUUAAUUUAAAUGCCAUGCUGAACUAUUGUUCUUUGUACAUGGUAACCAAAACUCAGAGCUUUAGAUCUAUUUUGAUCAGUAUUGAGUAAUCCCAAACACGGACUGUGUACAAAUGAAAUAAUAUGGCAUAUCAGCCAAGUGUGAUGGUUGCCCAAAGCACUUAAGCUCAAUUCUGUAUUUAAGUAGGGCUCUGACAUGUCCUUGAUCAGCAAUGUACGCAUUUUUGGUGUAUACUUGGUACUGGAGAUUCAUAUAUGCAACUAUUCUUAUACAAGAAGGCUCAAAAUUGUUUGUGUUAACAAUAAGGAAAGAUUCAUUUCCCAGCCAGGGCCCAGAGAAAAAGCUGUGGGGAAGAUGACUCAGCCGUUUUGCCACGAGACACCCUUCAGGAACUCCUACUGACCAGUCUUUGGGAGCCAUCCUGGAAUGCUCAUGGCUGGGUAAAGAAUUUUUUCUUCUUUUCCACAAAAAGAAACGGAAGCUGAAAGAAAGGAGAGUGUGAGUGAACCAAGAGAUAUCUGAAGAAUUCAGGAAGGAGGACUUAAGAUGGAAAUGAAAGGAAAAAAUGGUUAGAAGGGAGGUGGGGUGGAAAUCAUAUGAGUACAGGAGAGGUUUGGGUCGGGAAACACACUCUAGCUUUGUGCUAUUUCAAACCAGGGGUCGCAAACUCAGCAGCCGGAGAGGGACAGAAAUGGAGGGGUGGCUGCGGGGUGGGGAUAUUGCCUGUCUUGGAGGGGGUCAUUCAUUGCUCAGCUCCAUGCAGGAAAAGGGGUAGGGAGGGGCUGAAAAUCAGGACUUUUUUCUUAACUGAAACUUGAUGUUUUUCAAAGAAAAUAAUUUUAAAAUGUCCAAAACACCACGUGGGCCAAAAGAGUUGAGCCUGGAAGCUACCAGUUUGCAACCCCUGCCUUACCCAGUUAACUCCCCUGCCCCUCAAAGUAUGUAUAAGGUUAUAUUUGUUAUGGUAUGAUGUAUAUGUAAGUUGGGGGUGUGAUAUUUCGAGUAGGCUCUAUCUCUCAGAACUAACCUUUACUGUAGAAACAAACCAAAAAAAUUAACGCUGUCAUAGAUAACACUUAAAUCACAAUUCCCAGAGGGCCUCUGGGUCUCAUCCUAGAGCUGCUCUUCACAAAUCAGAUCGAUCCUCCCCAUCAAACCCCUGGGGGCCAGUUCUUGACAUUUCCUUCCUGGUGAACUGGGGCUAAAGUCCUUGGCCUUGGGGGAGUUUGCAGAUGAGUAAUCGGGAAGGAUUGUGAAAUAACUGGCUUCUUUUUUAUUUGCAUUUUAGUCUUGCUUUUAAAUUAAUUAUUUUUUAUUAGUAUCCUAGCCUGUGGCUUAGCAGUGACGGUUGGAGGCUGGGAACACCAGAAAAAACAGUGUUGCGUCUUCAGGCCAAGCUGCUUAGGAUUGUCAUGAUUUCCACUGCCAAGAACACUGUUAUGAUAAGAUGUUUCUCUCAUUUUCUAACUGGGCAGCUCCCAACGAAACUGACAUCCUAGCUUUCUGAAUGAGUCGACCUAACAUGAGGUCUCUUUUAACCUCAUGGAGUAAGCCACUUUCUCUGUAAAAUGUGGCUUUUGACCUUGAUGAUGAAGAUUUAACUUAUUCCUACCUACAUGGAGGAAGGCUAUUACCUCCCUCUCCAGUGGUGGGAAAAAUGAGCCUCAUUAACAUGUCCAGUGUCCCUGGGAGGGGAUAAAAAAGUUCAGUGUUAUCAUCUUGGUAGUUUGUUAAUUUUUUUUCAAUUGCAUGACUGUUAACAUAGACACUACUGUUUUUUUGGUUUUUUAUACCUACAUAGCACAUGAUUUUGGGGGCAUGAAGCAAGUAUAAGUUGGGAGAGGGCGGAGAUAUAUGCGAUAAUCUAUAGAGAGAGAAAAAACUAAAAUGUGCAGCUAAAUUAUAUAAAAUCUGGUUUUUGAAGUAUCAGAUAUUCAGGAAUAUUUUUAGCACCUUUUCUUAAAAACAUAUGCCUUGAUUCAGUGACUUGACAUUAAAACAUGCCUCUUGUUUUGUUGUUAUUUUCAAUGUCUAUUCUGACCCCAAACUGUGUAUUACGGUGCAGACUGUCAAUUGCAGUCAUAAACUUAUGUUUUUCUUCCAAUAACAGGGACCAAAGAGUUAAUCAAAUAGGUUCAGCUGCUACCGUUGUGUGAUUAAAAGGUGUUUUAAUCACACCAAAUUUCCAUGGCCCAAAUAGUCGAGGCCUGCUAUUUGUUUUCUAUUUCAGGUUGGAGUAAAUUUGCACUUUUAAUCAUAUAGGUCUUUUGGGGGCCUUGUUCUUUUAUACUUUGCUUUGUUAAUAAAGGAACUGUAGAAACC